AUGGGCUCGUCUUCUCCCGAACACUCGGGCCGGCCCCAAGCAAACAUCUCCGAGCCAUCCAACGACUUCAACUUCCGUAGAUCCCAGGAAGGGGAAGCCCAGACGCAUCAUGCGAGCAAGCCCAGUCACGUGGCCCCGACUAUCGUCACCAGCGGGAUAAAUACGCCCGAAGUUGAACAUGCCGAUGCCGAACUCAGGCCCGACUCUAGCACGCCGGAGAAGCCUGUGACGUGGAGUUCGUUGCCCAAGAAAGGGCAACUGGCUAUCCUGACGCUGGCACGGCUGUCCGAGCCGCUUACGCAGACUUCGUUGCAGGCAUAUCUCUUCUACCAACUGAGGUCGUUUGAUCCGUCUUUGCCCAGCGCAACGAUAUCAGCGCAGGCUGGAGUCCUACAGGCUAGUUUUACUGCGGCCCAAUUUCUGACAGCCUUUUGGUGGGGCCGGUUGGCGGAUACGGAAUGGAUGGGACGGAAGAGAGUCUUGUUGAUUGGCUUGUUUGGCACUUGUAUCUCCUGUUUGGGGUUCGGGUUUUCUCGCAACUUUGCAACGGCGGCAGUCUUCCGGACGCUGAAUGGGGUGUUGAAUAGCAAUGUCGGUGUUAUGAGGACGAUGGUCUCGGAGAUCAUCGUUGAGAAAAAAUACCAGUCGCGCGCAUUCUUACUCCUGCCGAUGUGCUUUAAUAUCGGUGUCAUUAUAGGCCCAGUGCUCGGCGGCUCAUUGGCUGAUCCAAUCAACAGCUUCCCAGGUAUAUUUGGCCCUGGAUCCUGGAUUGGUGGCGAGAAUGGCGUCUGGUGGAUGAAACACUGGCCCUUCCUUCUUCCCCAAUCUCUUAAGUGCUGUGUUCAUUCUUAUACCCAUGAAAUCGCCCGCUACCGCCAGGACUGGGGCCGCGAUGUCGGCAAACGAAUCGCCCGCUCCUUUACCCGACGGCCACAGCACUACCACUCCCUCACCGUGGCCGGUGAAGAAGGCCUGUUCGUUGACGAGAGGGUGGAGAUCAAUUCCGCACCAGCAAGCCCCACUGGCUCUCCCAGGCCCCUUCCUCGACCUCGUCAACGCCCGCCCUUCAGCCAGAUUUUCACCCGCAACGUCCUCUUAACCCUCUUCGCCCACUUUCUGCUUGCAGCACACACAAGUGCCUUCAAUGCGCUGACCUUUGUGUUCCUGCCGACUCCUCGCGCACCCGAGGGCUCGAGGACCGAUUUCUUCCACUUUGGUGGUGGCCUUGGGUUACCAUCUGCGCGGGUCGGUCUCGCGACGGCUAUCAUUGGGUUCAUUGGUCUUCCGCUGCAGAUAUUCGUAUAUCCGCGUGUACAGGGGAAGCUAGGGACGCUUACUUCCUUCCGCUUCUUUCUUCCUUUCUCCCCCUUGGCUUAUAUACUGAUGCCGUUCCUGGUUGUUCUACCGCGAGCUGCGGCAAUUGUCUGGCCCUCCUUUAGUCUGGUUGUAGGGCUGCAGGUUUUGUCGCGGACCUUUGCGUUACCGGCUGCUAUUAUCCUUGUGAAUAAUUCUGUGACAGAUAGUUCGAUUCUAGGAACUGUCCAUGGAGUUGCGCAGAGAGUCUCGAGUGCGGCCCGUACUUUGGGGCCGCUGCUUGGUGGUUGGGGUCUUGGACUGGGCUUGUCUCAUAAUAUUGUGGGUGCGGUCUGGUGGGCCUUGGCUGCAGAGGCUCUCCUGGGGUAUGUUGUUCUGUGGACCAUUCGAGAGGGCAAGGGGGUUGAGCCUCAAAAGUUUGAUGUAGAGGAACUUGAGGAGGAACUUGACAGAUAG